AUUACUAAUUCCUCCCUCUUUCUCUUUCUGCGAGAAAGCGUUGUCGAAAAUGUCGUCAUUAACGUAUGUCAAUGAAGAAGGCGCCGGCCAGAAGCAUAGCGAUCUAUGCCACUACUCCCAAGCCGUCAUCCUCGGUAACACUGUAAAAUGCUCCGGUCAAGGGGGCUGGACAGGAUCAGGAGCCCUGGACGCUAGCGAUAUACACGGCCAGGUCGAUCUUGCUUUUCAGAACGUUGACAAAGUGCUUCGGGCUGCAGGACUGCGUGGGUGGGACGAUGUUUAUUUGAUUCGUUCUUACCACGUUGACAUGGGCGCUUCCUAUGACCGUUUUGUCAAGAGGCUUUGGGAGCGUAUUCCAGGGCACCGGCCGAUUUGGACCGCUCUCGCAGUCCCUGAAUUAGCAUUUCCAGCUAUGAAAAUUGAGAUUGAGGUUGAGGCCAUCAAACAGUAGAAGAGGGCUUGGUGACUUUUCUUCCAGUUCCACGGCCUCUGGGCAGAUUGUAUGGCAAAGGUCUCUACCAACUAUUUCCUUUCCGGUGGUCGCAGGUGGAAAACGACGAAUCUAUCACUGUACAUGCAGCA